AACAGACGACAUUCAUUCGUAAAUACAGUCGCUGCGUGUCUUCCUCUACGUGAAGCAAUAAUUAUAUGAUAACGAAGAUAUGAUAAGAUAAGAAUUUUAAGAUAUAUCCUUAUGGUAGUGUGUAUUCUCUUUCAAUAUUACGUUCUAGAUGACUGAUAACAAUUUAGAAAGCCAAGAUGCUCCAGAUAGUGCAGAAAAAUUUAGUUCUCUUAUUUUCAACUGUAAAUAUUCCAUCAAAUGCCACUCUGAAAGCCAAUCUCAUGUAUACCCAUGGCAUCUGUAAAACGUCCAACAGCCUAACCACCCUAAGAAUGUGUCUGAAUCACACCCAGCAUUAUCAUUCAAAACCAUUUUUGCCACAACCCUCUUUUAUAAAGAAUGGAAUGCCGCACACAAAUAAUAACGUCCAAGUUCUCAGAGUUUAUAAUCAGCUUGUGUCCUCAUGUAGACAACUAGGAAGAGAUAAAAUUGCAAAAGUUCGUUCUAACUUUACAAGAAAAAUGAACAAAGGAAAUUUGCAACCAAGAAGAGAAACGCUGGGAAAGCUAGUGUUAAUGGGUUCGUUUCUGGCGCCGACAAUGUCCUUUAAUAAUACCUCGGUUGAGAAGAAAACCCCAGUUAUAGAAAUUACAAGAAAGGCUAAGAAGACAAGGAGUUACCUUAUGGAAUUAUUGUUGGAGAUCUACGAGGCCUUUCGACUGUGUCUUAGGGCUUUACGUCUGGUGACGACAUUUACGCCGAUCUUCACUCUGUACCCCAUGACUUUUUUCGGAGAGAGGAGUAAAGAAUUGUGGUGGUACUUGCUCUUGCGGGGAAUUGAAUUCUCAGGACCUAUUCUGAUCAAGCUAGGGCAGUGGGCCUCGACACGGAGAGACUUGUUCCCAGACUCCUGUUGCCGCCAGUUUGCGAAGCUCCAGAGAAGCGUCAAACCACACUCGUGGAAGUACACAAAAUAUAUGAUGAAAAAAUCCUUUGGUCCUGACUGGAGGAAGAUAUUUGUAAAGUUUGACAAUAACCGAAACCCAGUGGGGUCUGGGUGUGUUGCACAGGUUUAUAAGGUCUGGAUGUCUGCAGAAGCCAUUACAGAUGAAGAAAUACUCACUGAAAUUCUGUCUGAAAUGGAAGAUGAUGUUUCUGAUUCAUUUGAAGGUAUGCAUGUCAUAGGAUUCAGGAGUUUAUUGGGCUUAGACGAUGGAGAAGAGGUAAAGCAGAAGAGGAUAAUAGAAGAAUGGAGGGAGAAACGAGACCAGAUGAGGAGAGAAGCAGAGGAAAAGGAGCGGAGGAGAGCAGGUAUAGAGAAGGAAGAGCAAAACGUAGAUUUGCAUGACGUAGUUUUGGAAAAGGAGAAAGAGGAAAUGUCGAAAGUAGACCCUGAAAAUGGAGAGAAACGUGUGAAGAAUAAUGAAACAGGGAUGAUAAAAGGUAAUAAAGAGUUUGUUGUUGAAUCAAGUGUUGAUGAAAGUGGGAAGGAAUUAGUCGAAAUAAACACUGGAAUUAUGAAGGAGAAUGAGCAAAUAUUAGACGUUUGUGCAAGUGCAGUGGUUAACAGAAAAAAACAAUUAGAUAUAGUGCCUGAUAGAGAUUUAGAAAAGAAAGCUGAAAAGAUUAUAGGAAAUUACUUCAGACAACCAACUUUUAGAAAAAGUUUUACAAAGAAGAUUGUAAAGAUACAACCAGUAGUUUUCAGUCAGGUAUUUGAAUACUCUUUUAAGUGCCAAGCCUCUUGUGUGUAUCACAGCAGCCACCUACAUUCACCAAAUAUAUAUCAGAUAAAUGUUGAAAUGACACUGGGAAAAAUUAAAAUGCAUGCACAUAUUUUUAACCUUACCAAAAGGAAGAUGGCAAAGACACAUUUCACUGGCAAAGAAAUAUCUUCUCUGAUAACUUUGGACAUUGACUCAUACUCUUAUUACUGCAUGUCACGAAGCACAAUCCUUAUAUCCGAAAAUGAUGCUUCAGGUAAAUCCGAUGUAGAUGUCUUAACAGUAACAGAAAAUUUGGUGGCCGAAUUAGUAAAUACUGAAGAAGAUCAACAAAGACAAGCAGAUCUGGAACCUGAUGAGGAACCCUUUGAAGACACAACUGAACAUUCAUUAGAGUGGCAAGAAGGUUCUGCACCCUGGUAUUUACUCGUGUUUCCGGAGAGAUCUGAAGAUUAUGAAGGCCUGUGCAUCUUUUAUCUCGGAAUUUAUCCUCCUCUUAAGUGGCUUUCCCUCCCUCAGUGUGUACAAGAAUUUGCUGAGGUGAUGUCAUAUCAGAUCGAUCUCAAACUAGAAGCUGAAAAUUUGGAAUUGUUUGCUGAAAAUUUUGCCGAUAAUCCCUACGUCAGAUUUCCAAGAAUACUGCGACCAUAUGUUACAAGAAAGGUGCUCGUUGAAACAUUUGAAGAGGGAGAGCAGAUGAUUGAUUUCAUUGGCACAACGGGAGAAGACAAACCUGCUGAGCUUAAGAAACGUUUGGCAGAGAUUGGAGUUGAUGCAUUGCUGAAAAUGGUUUUCGUAGACAACUUAGUGCAUGGUGAUUUGCAUCCAGGUAACAUCUUGGUUCAGAACAACAGUGCCAAGGAAGAGGGCAGCAAUGCAGCCUCAGGAGAUGUUGUCAAAUUCAUGAUGGUAGAUGUUGGGUGUGAUACUUUCGUCAUGCAUGUGGAACCAGACCCAAAUCCACUGCGCAUAUGUCUCCUCGACUGUGGUGUUGCAUCCAGACUCAAAGAGAAAGACUUAGCCAAUUUCAAGGCUGUCUUCAGACAAGUGGUUUUUGGUGAUGGAGAGUCUGUGGCAGACUUGUUCCUCAAUAAUAGUGAACAUUGCUGUAAGGACCCUGAAGCCUUCAAAGCAGAGAUGACCAGCCUUGUAAAUUCAGCUAGGGAAGAUACAAUAGCAUUAUCACAGAUUGAUGUGGGGGUCCUGCUUCAACAAGUCUUAGGGAUCCUCUUACGUCAUCAGGUACGGCUAGAAUCUGCCUUCAGUGCUGUGGUCUUAGCAGUCUUUGUUCUGGAAGGUCUUGGUCGAACAUUAGACCCCAACAUGGAUAUCUUAGAGAGAGCAAGACCAAUUUUGGUUACUGGAAAAGUGAAGUGAUUGUGAUACUUAUGAUCUGUGAGGAUUAAUUUGUUAUUUACAUCAUUCAGUUCGGAUCUUUCUCAGUUACAGUAAUGCAGGGAUUGUUUAAUGGUGUUAUGUUUGCGGGUUGACUCCUUAUGGCAUGAUGUAAGCCUCAAAUUCCAGUGGAGCAGCACUUGUAUUAUUACC